AUGCCCGAAAUCCUCGGAAAGGAAAUUGGUCCUAUUGGCUUCGGCCUCAUGGGCUUUACCUGGCGAGCUACCCCACCCUCCCAAGAGCAGGCCUUUGCGACCAUGCGCGCUGCCUUGAGCCAUGGAUGCAACUUUUGGAAUGGCGGUGAGUUCUACGGCCCACCUAACUACAACAGCCUUGUGCUCCUGAAACACUACUUGGAAAAGUACCCCGAAGACGCUGGAAAGAUUAUGCUCAGCAUCAAGGGUGGCGUAAACCCUCACACCCAUGCCAGCGAUGGCUCCGCUGAGAACACCCGCCGCACCAUUGACGACAGUACCGCCCAGCUAAAUGGACGCAAAAAGAUCGAUCUCUUUGAGUUCGCCCGCCGUGACCAGGGAGUCUCCAUGUCUGAGACCUUCGGCGUCAUGGACAAGGAGUACGUGCAGACUGGAAAGAUCGGAGGCGUAUCGUUGUCCGAGGUUCGCGCUGAGACAAUUCAUGAAGCGGUUAAGCACGUCAAGAUUCAUGCCGUUGAGGUCGAACUCUCUCUCUUCUCAACCGAGGUCCUUGAGAACGGCGUCGCAGCUGCCUGUGCUCAAUAUGGCAUCCCCCUCAUCGCUUACUCCCCCAUCGGCCAUGGAAUGCUCAGCGGCAAAAUCCGCAGAUUCGAAGAUAUUCCUGAAGACUCGAUAAUGCGGAUGUUUCCCCGCUUCCAACCAGGCAAUUUUGAGAUUAACAUGCAAUUGGUGCAGCAGGUGGAAGCAAUGGCCGUCAAGAAGGGUUGCACUCCAGCCCAACUUGCCAUCAACUGGACGCGUGGACUUUCACGUCGCCCAGGUAUGCCCCUGAUUAUCCCGAUUCCAGGUGCUACAACGAUUGCCCGCGUGGAGGAGAACAGUAAACUGGUUGAUCUUACGGACGAUGAGAUGGCACAGAUUGAUGUGACUUUAGCGAAGUUCACACCGGCUGGUAGCCGCUACCCGGAUAGUAUUCCUGUAGACACCUAG